CGAUAUUCUACGUAAAAUUUAAAUUUUGUGUAUACAUAACAGAUCUGUUUGUUGUUGAUUAAAGUCGAUUUAAUUAACCGCACUUUUAUUCGACGAUCAUUCCAAAUUAUUAGUUUUGAUAUGGAUCAAGAAUGUAACACGUCUAUGUAUAAUUGGUUUGAAAAGUCUGGAAUGAUAGCAAAUAUAAGGACACAUCUCCGUCAAAAUUUAAUUAAUGCAUUACGAAACAAGGACCUUAAUUUGAAAACCGAUCAUCCGAAAUCUGCAAAACAAUACAUCUACGAUCUAUUAAUUGCUGAGUAUUUAUUCAAUCACAAUUAUGCUUAUACCUUGUCGGUGUUUGCCAGCGAGGCACCUUUGUUAAUCAACUUCACUAAUAAGACAGUUCAAAGGCCUGAUGAAAAUGAAGAACGUACAACUGAAAAAUUACAGAAUGAUUACGUAUUCCAUGCAUUGGAAACACUAGGCAUUAAUCCUCACGAUACAAAGGGACAAUAUGUUUUAUCACAAUAUAUUGAAAGUGACAUGCCACUUCUUCUAUGUAUAUUAAAAUGCAUAACCAUGUUUUCUUAUAAUAUGCACAAUAGUGUACCAAUGAAAGAAAAUGUGGCACUCUGCAAUGAGUCUACGCAAACCACGUUUUCUUGGGUGUCUUAUAACUCACACAUAGAGAAACUACUCGCACUAAAGAAGAAAGUAUGUCUGCAUAAACAGAUGGUCAAUAAUAAAUUGUAUAAGAGAGAAAUGAUGCUAAAAGAACAAGUAUUGCUUGCUCAACAGAAUAUUGAAGUGUUAAAUACUAAGCUGCAGCAAGUUCAGAAUGCUGUACAUUCAAUGAGUUUAAAGGAGAAAGAGUUAAAGAAUGAAAGACAGAGCAAUGAACAGAAAAUUCUGCAGAAAGAAAUGGAAUUGGCAUUGAAGGAGAGGCUGUUAUUGCAAGAAGAAAAUAGACUACAGAGAGAACAAAACGAUCAUAUGAAACUGGAGGAGGAUUUAAAACAACUACAAGAACAGAAGAAAAUGGAAGAAGCGAUUGCAAAUCAAAGAGUCCAAAAUAUGGAGGUGCAAACGGACUUUGCAAUUGAGGCUUCGCUAGAAGAUAAGAUCAAAGUUCUCACUAAAGAAAAAGAGGAAUUAAAUGCUCUUAUACAGGACCAACAAUUGAGAAUAGAACAGAUAACCCAACGUGCUCUUCAAUUAUCUCGACAAAUAGAGGGAAUUCGAGUUUUAAGGCCUGCUAUCGAGGUUCCAACUCAAACGAACGGAAACACAGUUAUUAGCGAAUGCAGUUCGACAGAAGACAUCCUUCAGGAUGCGAAAUUAAGAUUGAAACGCUUGGAAGAAGAAAGUAUGAAAGCAGAUCAAUAUUACUACAAUUUUAUAAAUAAUUCGCCAUAAUAUUAAUUUACAGUAACUUAUUAGCAAUAAAGAUUAAGCACAUAUGUACGAUAUACGUUAUAUUUGCACUAUAAUACGCAUUGUAUUAAUUUAUUUACAAAGUUGGUAUAUGUUUAGAGGUAAUGCGAGAUAAUUGUAAUAAUUACUAGACAAAGCACAGUAUUAAGAAAAUUGAUUUAAUUUAUUGGCAUUGCUAAUUAUUAUUUAUUAUAAAUAACAAAGUAUUGCUAUUGUAUAUGUACAAAUUUUCUAAACUGAAUUGAACGUGUACCAAAGAAUGCUUUUUGUUACCUAGUUUAUUUUAUAAAAUUGGACGUCAAUAUAAUAUACAAAUUAUUCACUA